AUGUCAAUCUACGAUAUCCCACCCUCCCCACCUGAACCGGUGCACGUGCACGUAUACAGCAACAACAAACACAAAAACAAAUCACAGCACUUAUCUGACUCAACACGUAUCAUACCGUCCAAACGGAAACCAGGGGCUUCCUUCAUGAACGAGAAGGCGAAGAAACACUUGAUCACUCGGAAAAGACGUCUGCCGGUGCAUCGGCUUGCUCUUUUGCGAACUACAACAGGCGAUGGGUUGCCCCAAUCGAGUGAUAUGGAAGUUACUUUUUUUCGUUCCAUUGCGGUGACUGAUCCCAUAGAGGAUAGCCAACUCGAUGGACCGAUUAUAGAUCCGUUAGGUGGUCCUAUUUGCAACAUAGUCACGUUGGGAAAAACGCCGCUUGCCCACACGGCGCAGCACUCAGAUGUACGCAACAUACCUACAAAGGGAGCCCCAGACAGAGCUUCUGCAGCCCAUGAAACGCUCAAAGAGACGAGUAGUCUCACUCCAAAGCAAAUCCCAGAUGUUCAUCUCGCUCAUGAUGGGCGCAUUGAUCACGAGCUCCAAACCGCUUUAAUGAGGCAGUCAGAUCGCCAAGGAAACUAUUUGUCGGCAAGAACAAGGAGGCCUGGCAUCUUUCGUACUCUCACGUUAGGAAGUGGACCUUUGCCUUCACCUGCGGAUGCGUUUUCAUAUAAUUUACAAGCCAUGCAAAGGGAUGAACAAGAAGCUCCUGGAUCGCGCAAUCUACAUAGGCUUCAAAACCGGCUUACUGGCCCAAAAUCGAUGCAAUUGACACUCAUCAGCAGUUUGGAGUAUUUGAGAAGACUACCAGUUCUCUCUCCUCCAAAGGUCUCAGGAAGAGUGGGCCCUUGA